AUGUGGCUGCCAUUGCGGCUCACCAUGAUCCUGUGGAUGGGUGAGAAUCAGAGAAUAGCAGAAACAUACAAAUAUUGUCUAGAAAUCGAGUUUGAAAAUGUUCCAGAAGACGCUGGGUUUCACUCCACUUGCUACAGGCAUUUCAUUGACAAAAAGCGCUUGGAUGUGGCAGAGAAACGUGUCACACAGCGUCCUGAAGUUCAAGAUGCUCACAAAGACCAGUCACUGUCAUCGAGUCGUAGUACAUCAAUAUCUGAAUGUCCGACAAAGAAACUUAGGUCCAGGACGGGCCUGCCGGUAGCUUGUGCAGGUCCUGUGCUUCCUGCAUUGUGCAUCAUUUGUAAGAAAACGGACAAGUACAUUACUGUGGCAGGCAAAGGACCAUCUUUCACAGGCAGAAACAUUGUCAGCAGGUGGUACACCAGGUUCUUGACAAAGUCUACUGCAACAGUUACUGAGACCUCAGAAGAACAAAAUGAGCCAACCUUCGAUGCCAGCUACAAGAUCUUCUGUGAGAGGAUCAUCCGCCAUAGAAUAAUUGUAAACCAAGAGGUGCUGACAAUGAUGCAGCUAAGAAGGAUCUUUUUAAAUCUUGUGAAAAAACAUGAAGAUCUUGAUGCUUCAAACUACAGGCAGGAUAAAUUGAAGAGGAGGUUGAGCCAUGAUUUCCCCCAGCUGGUGUUUCACUCGCCCAACAGCCGCAACAUCAGUGAGCUGGUUUUUGUUGAGACACUGUCUGCAAACAAGCUGAUAGACAGGCUACCUCAUCCAUCAGGUACAGAAACAACAGAGUCAACUGAGGUAACUAGCCAAAGUGAUGGUGAAAACACGACAAAUACAACAUCUGUUCCACAAAGACAAACCUCAGUGGCCUCUAUCAAUACUACAGAAGACACAAGGACACUUUAUAGUGCAGCAUUGAUAUUAAAGAUGCUUCUAUGAGACUCUCCCAGUAUGACAUGUCCAUGGCUACCCACGUCUGAUGAUUUAAAUGUGAGUGAAGCAAAAUCUGUUGUGCCACUCGAACUGUAUAAUCUGAUUUCCUGGAUUAUAGGUGCAACUGAGGAACCAACACUGGCCCAUUAUGUUGAUAUUCCAGAUGAUUUGAACCUAAAAGUGAUAUCUAUUUGUCAAGACAUUGUGUAUCUGGCAUCUAAGUGCCGUAGGCAG